AUGUCGUUGUUUAUGGGAUCAACGUCGCAGUACUCCUACGCCAAAGUGGAUCCAGAGAAGAUUAAACUAGCGGAUAUACAAUUUCAAGCAAUGGCCCACACAUUCAAUAAGGUGUUGAGCACAUGCGAAUCCAAGUGUUUAGUGCAUGAAUAUGGCGAAGGCGAGUUGACCAAAGGCGAGCUGGAGUGUAUUGAUAGAUGCGUUUCGAAAUACGUCAAGGCUAAUAAAAUUGUCGGUGAGCAAGUGCAGGGUCAAAGGCAAGAUCCGUACAGCAGCAUGCCGGCGUUCAGAAAAAUCCAAGACAUCAUAGGCAGCAGCAGCAGCAGCAACAGCAGCAGGAUAUGA